UUGGAUAAAUCUUAAGCAGGUCUGUUAACACCGCUCACAACGAUUGGAUAAGCAUGUAAAAAUGCGCGUUACGGGGACCCACACAGAGCAGGGAAUAUGAGGGUAAGAAGAAGGCGGCCAUCUUCGUGAGGUCGUAAGAUUUUGCGGUGAGAUCUUUUAAUAAGCUUUAAAAAAAUACAAACUCAAAUCUUAUACCAGAAUAUAAAAAUGCGCAUAAAUGUAUACAGAUUAGCUGUCGACGUAUUUUUGUAUAGAGCAGACACUAAAAUGUGACUUGCGACGUGAUAACGCCAGACUGUGGACUGAGCAGGCUAACAAGGUACCGAUAUAUAAUUAAUUUGAACCAUUUAGCCUAUUUAGAUCCGGAUGAAACCUAGAAUAUUUAUUAUAUUUAGGAUCGGGUAUAUAGGAUUUUAAUGGCAACGAAUGUGCAAUUUUCAAAGCCAGAGGCAAACGAUAAGAAACACGGACGGGGAAAAAUUGGCAGUAGAACGUCAUAGGAAGUACGUACUUCUCCCGCAAAACUAGUCACUGCCCCCUCUCUGCAUCACUCAGGACUGCAGACGUAAAUAAAUGCCCAGGCACUGCUCAGCUGCUGGUUGUAAGUCCCGUGACACUAGAGAAACACGGAAAGCUGGAAUUACCUUCCAUAGACUGCCAAAGCGUGGUAGCCCACGCCGCACACAAUGGAUCUUAAAUUCCCAGCGCAAGGACCCCCAAGGAAAGGGUCAGUGGGACCCCCAGAGUCACUUUAUCUACUUCUGCUCCAAACACUUCACACCGGAGAGUUUUGAGCUGUCUGGAGUCAGUGGUUACCGAAGACUGAAAGAAGAUGCAUUACCUACUGUCUUUGAAACGUUCUCAAGGCAGAAGCGAUGCACUGGUGAUAAAGGGCAACAGACAAGCAAGCAGACACAGACGAGCAGACAGGCACGGAGACAGACGCGUUCCCUGAAGCAGACAAGGACUGUGUUAGAGCCUGGCAAUCAGCUGGGGCCAGAGAGCUCUGCUGCUGCAGGAAAAGCUGCUGGAGGGGUGGACUCUCUCCUGGAAGACACAUCUGAGCGAAACAGUGCUGUGAACGAGGCCGGGGGGGCCGGGAUGGGAACAAAGCCCCUUCCAAGCGCUGACUCUCCUUUGCCCUCCUCUUUUUCCCAGUCCUCACCUCACACAUCCCAAGUUCUGCUCCCUCCCUCUGAAAGUUCUCCCUCUUCUUCCCAGAUGGCAGCACCGUUUCUUACAGACCGCCAGUCAUCAUCGUCCCCUCAGCCUCCUUCCCCGUCUCGGUACAUGAAACGACUACCACCCCCGCCGGGGUUUCAUUUGCCCAGAGAGCAUAGCUAUGCCCAGCUCUGUCCCUCGGUGUGGAGGAAGCGCUACGACAGGGCUAUUGAUAGCUUGGAGAAGACCCUGCGCCUGCUCAACGCAGCCAGACGGAGGGAGACGCGUCUCAGGCACACGCUGCUGCGUCUCCGCGAGGACCGGCUCCGACAAACACUUCUGCACCUCAGAGGGGGAGCGAAAUGGAAAGAGGGUAGAGAGAGGGUAAAACAGAGCCUGCAAGGUGGUAUCAGAGAGAGAGCAGAUAGGGCCGUGAGACAGGGGACAGAUGAGCAAGAAAUGGAGAUAGAGAGGAUGGCAGAGGAGUUGAAUCUCUUUGAUGAUGAAGCAGAAGACUCAAGUGAAUGGGGAGGGUAUCCCCAAUCAUCAUCGACAAGGACGAAAGAGAAGAUGGGCUACUGCUUCUACUGUGGAAGAGGGCAAAAGCAGCUUGGUGACAUGGAGGAAGGAAGUUCAGGAACAUCUGAGAAAGUUAAGGAGGGACUUGAGGACAAAGAUGGUUCCCAGAGCCGUGAAACAGAUGAGAAAACCCAACACAACCAAGAGAGUAGAGUUACAACCCAGAAUGCUGGAAGGACUCAGGAAAAGAUUGCAGACGCAGGAACUGAGGCCUGUUGUUACUACUACUACUACAGUGGCUGCACAGGGGGGCAAGAGGGAAAUGCAGUCGAAGAUGUGCAGAUAGUCACCAUGGAGCUGCCGCAUGGCUGGCAGCUGUCACCGCAGCAGCAGCAAGCGCAGUCGGUGCAACCUCAAGCAGCUGCAUUAAAAAGUGUGAGCCAGACUGGUGCACUCCAGGAAGGUCGCAGGUUACAGGUACCCUUGCAGCCAGAGAAGCCAAAUCAGAAGUAUCUCACAAGCUCUCUGUCAACAGGAUCGCUGCAGGCCGUCUCGCCGUCCCAGGACCUGCACCUGCUGCAGUCAAUGCGGCUCGAGCUGCAUAAACCACAUGUGCAAAUGCAGCAGGUCGAGCUGGUCCAGCAAGGCCUCACCGCACAGCCAAGGGUUUUUGUGAUGGACUCUGUGGGUGAGGGACAGGCGGGAGUUGGGACUGAGGACCAACAGGUGUUUUGGGUACAAGAAGACAGGGACGGGCAUCUGCUGCUGGUCCCAGUACCUGGGGAAGAUGUGAGAAAAGGCACAGCCCAGAAGGAGCUCAGAGACACUGCAGUUCAGCCUCUGCUAGUAUCAGAGGUGGGAUUUCAUAAUGAUAUGACUGAUGGCAACCUGGAACCUUAUCUGGAGGGCAGUGAUGGAGGGCAAAGGAUCACAGGACAGACUGGAAAAGAGCAGUACAUAGCAGAGGUUAGGACUGCUGCAGGAGGCGGGGAUUUGAGGGAAAAGCUGAAGGAGCAUUUAGAAGGCUUCCAGCUCCAACUCAGCAAUGAAUUCAUAAAUUAGCAUGUCGGUCACUAAACAUGUAUCGCAGUGUUCACAGGUAUUGGAGGAGAAUGUAUGGGGCAGACAAGAUGUCUAUUAAAAACAGCCGGCUUAUUUUUCCAUUUAUAUUAUAUUUAUGAUAAUUGUUUACUUGUCGUACUUUGUUUUAAAAUAACUCAGCAUAAAGUUUUUUUUUAUAACCAUUGAUAUUAAAAUCUCAGCUGCAGAGGUGAUUGAAUGUGCCGAAGUUUUAAAGGAAUUGGACUCAGCUUGGUAUUAAUACGCUUCAUUAGCUAUAGCUAUAUAACAGUUCCUGAUUUAGUACUUGUGGUUCAGUGUCAAUGAUAAAUUCUUAUGAAUGUAGGAGUUACCUGUAAUUUUUGGUAAAAAAAAGUGUGUGUUAUAUCAAUAUUCUAUUUACUUGUGUGUGUCGGAUGGGGGGCUGGAAUUAUGCUUAUAUCAGAUUGUAUUAGUUUUGCAUACAGUACUGUGCAAAGGUCUUAGGCACUCAAACUUUAACACUAUUUAUCUGGGUAGUAAGUGCACAUUUUCUUGGAACAAAAAAAUAUUAUUUAACAUAAGAACAUAUGAAAAUUACGAGAAACACAUACAUUUAUAAACAUUUAAUAAUAAAUUUAAUAAUAAAUAAACAUUUACUGAAAAA